UUGCCUUGCUUGCUGAUAUGCACUGCAUUUUAAUAUGGGUUUGUUUGAAUCGGCAACCAUGAUUCGAAUUCCUGUUUUUGUUUCAAAUCGCCGUCGAAAUGGCCGGAGGCAAAGCUGGAAAGGAUUCGGGAAAAGCUAAGGCAAAAGCCAUAUCACGCUCCCACCGGGCCGGACUCCAGUUUCCUGUCGGCCGUAUCCAUCGGCACUUGAAAACAAGGACGACGAGCCAUGGCCGUGUUGGCGCUACAGCAGCGGUCUAUUCAGCCGCAAUCUUGGAAUAUCUGACGGCUGAGGUGUUGGAGUUAGCUGGAAACGCGAGCAAAGAUCUGAAAGUGAAACGCAUCACUCCUCGACAUUUACAGCUCGCCAUUCGCGGGGACGAAGAGUUGGAUACCCUCAUCAAGGCAACCAUCGCUGGUGGUGGUGUGAUUCCGCAUAUCCACAAGUCCUUGAUUGGUAAAAAGGUCCCUCCACCAAAACCGCUUAACAUGUAAUAUCUAUGUUCAGAAGGACAACUCGCAUUUCUGUCAGGUCUACAUGAGCAUUAACCUAUUUUUUGUGUAAAAUUUUGUCGAUCUUAUCACGCUGUCAACUUACACACUGCGUGUGUAUGUACUGUAAACUGAGUUCUCUUGCUGUAGAACCAGCGGUUUUUAUCUGUAUUCUGGUGUAUUUAUCUAUCGAUUUAAACAGUAUUCACGGGAUGGAAUAAAGUAUGUGCUAGGUGCAUGCCACGAUGUACUUUUCCAAAUUCCGGCAUCAUUCCUUCAGUGUCCUUUGCUCAUCACUAUAUACAUCCAUAAACUCGAGCCCUCAUCUUUUUGUUUAUCAGCAUUUUCAUAAGGACUUAUUUCCAAGUGUGAUUUGAGUUGAAAUCUUAUACAUGUAUCCCUUACUCAAGUGAUACAAUCUGGUUGUAUGAAACACUUAAUUCAUUAUCCCAG